UUUAAUUUACCAUUAAGGACACAAAUAAAUAAAAAGUAUUUUAUUAAAUUCAGUAGGAAAUCCGUAGGAAAUCUCCUACGGAAUACCAACCGAACGAAAAAAUUAAAUAUCCCGCUUCAAUGAAAUUUUUUAGGUUAAUCCCCCUUUAUCUUAGUUUCCUGAUCUCUCACACGUCGCCCCUCCUUCUCCUUCAUCUUCCUCUGCCAUCGCCAUCACAUAUACAUCUACCACCGGUCCAACUUGCAGCCACCGAUUGAUUGAACAUCCGCUUUGUUUGAAUGCCUUUUUGCCGCUACCGCCAACGAUUGAGCUCCAUCUCUGAUAUCCGUCUCCGAUAUCCCACUACCACAGUCACCGUCUCCGACAUCCGCCACCGCCAACAAUUAAACCUCCGCCUUGUUGGAAAGCCUUGUGGCCGCCGUCAUCUCCGAUUUCUUCAUAUCUCAUCUACCACGGUUAGAUAUUGUACCGAGCUCUGUCUCCGAUAUCCCAUUACCAUCAGUUGCAAGUUUGCCCUCCAACCGUCGCUGUCGCACACCACCACCAGCGUUGUCCCGAACCACCACCACCGUCGCUGUCCUACACCCUCAUCGUCGACACCUUCAGGUUAAUGAGUUGCGACAAAAAGUGUCAAACAUGCAACAAGCCAUUGAUGAAAAGCAAAGUCAAAUGGAUUCGCAAAUGUAACAAAUGUGAAAUGAAAUGUGAUUGCAAGUGCAACGACAAUUGGCGGCCUUUAUGAAACAAAUCAAUUCGUCCGGUUAUCGACAAAGUAUUUCUUAGUUUUUGUUUUAGAACACUAAAUAAAUGUUAUGUUAUUGACCGGUUCUUAGCUUUUGUCAUUGUAUUGUAAUGGUAUUUUAAGUAUUUGAAUGUAUAAAUGGUAUGCUAAUGACUAUUUUAAUGGUAAUGAAUGUAAUGGUAUUUGACUAUUAUUUUAAUUA